UUAUUGUAUUAUUGUUUGCUUCAGGUCCGACGACCAUUUAUGAUUGUGGUUAAGCGUGGUGAUCGGAGGAGGCGUAAACCAUUCAAGCUCAUUCGACCAAAGAUGAAGACGGACCGAUGUCAUUGCUCAGCCCCAGCCCCCGCACGCCAACAACAACAACAACAAACUGCGACAUACCACACAGCACGCUUCACGACAUCUAAGUUCACCCACUAUCCUUUGCUUCAUCUCAACCAAUUGUAUUUAUCUCAAGGCUACUAUUUACUCCCUGGUAUUACCAGGCAUCACCGUUAUGCCUUCAGAAUCUACCCCAUUGCUGCAUCAGAUAAUUCCGCAGCACAUCCAUCCUGAUGGCGAGAGCGGUCGCUCUGGUUUCAGCAUCAAGCACUUCCUUCGUGUUUCCUGGCUAAGCGGAAGUAAGGUUGCAAAAUAUGUCAAUCUACUAUGGCCUUUCGUGCCAGUGGCUAUCAUUUUACACUUCAUCACACCGAAUAAGCCUCUGGCCAUCUUUGCGUUCUCCUACAUUGCGAUGGUUCCCGUUGCGAAUCUCCUUGGUUUUGCAGGCCAGGAAUUCGCAAGAAAGAUGCCCAAAGUCUCUGGAAUUCUGAUUGAGACCGCUUUCGGAAGUAUCGUCGAAAUAAUACUCUUCGUGAUCUUGAUCGCGAAGCACAGGUCCGGUGACGGAAGCUCUGAGCACGGCAACCUUAUCCCCGUUAUCCAGGCCGCAAUCCUGGGCUCCAUUCUUACCAAUCUGCUUCUUUGCCUAGGCGCAUGUUUCUUUGUCGGUGGCUUGCGACAGCAAAGUCAAAAGUUCCAUGCUUCCAUCAGCGAAGUCGGCAGCGGGCUGCUCUGCGUUGCGGGAUUUGGACUUCUCAUUCCCAGCGCAUACUACUCCGCUCUCAAAGGAUCCGCAGUUCCCGUGGCAAUUGGGCAUCAUACGUUCACAGAGAAGAUACUAAAGCAAAAUGUUCUGAGGAUUAGUCAAAUCACAUCCGUCUUACUCAUCAUUGCUUUCAUUAUCUUUGUUUACUACAAUGCUCACACUCAACACUCUAUCUUUGAUUCCGUACUGGAAGCCGAUGAACAUGCAGAUCUCGAUCGACACGAUGACCUCGCAAAACCAAAAUUUACCUUCACGGAAUGUCUCGCCGCCUUGACACUAUCCUUAGCUCUUGUCACACUCCUCGCUGUAUUUCUGGUCGAGCAGAUUGAGGAAGUCGUUGAGUCCGGUGUUCCAGAUCAGUUCCUAGGCCUUAUCCUUCUUCCUCUCGUUGAGAAAGCAGCCGAACAUCUCACUGCCGUUGACGAAGCCUGGGACGGCCAAAUGAACUUCGCACUUUUCCACUGCAUUGGUCCUAGCAUUCAAACUGCCCUAUUUAACGCUCCACUUGUGGUCCUAGUAGGUUGGGCCAUGGGAAAGGAUAUGGAUCUCAACUUUGAGAUUUUCAUGAUCGUGUUGUUGGUACUCUCCAUCGUCGUGGUAGGAAAUUUCCUCAGGGAUGGUGAAAGCAAUUAUCUUGAGGGAGCUUUGUUGGUCAUCGUUUAUGUCAUCAUUGCAGUGGCUUCUUGGUACUACCCAAAUCCUGAUGUGGCAACCUCUAAUGGUACCUGAGGUGAAUUAUGAGAAAUACCUUCAAUGGCCCGAACGUCAAAAGUCUGUAUUAGCAGGCAAUUCCGAGAGUCUGAUUGGCAGAGAGUGCAUUCAAUAGUCAAACAACUGUGAUGUAAAUAUGAGAGUAGCAAAUUCAAGGGAGCUCCCAGUUAGACGUGUC